GGGCUGCGGGCUCAGACUCUACUAGCAGAAUUACCAGACGCAACGAUGCUUCACCUCGCAUGCCAUGCGCGACAAGAUCCCAACAACCCGCUCAAGAGUAGCUUCGUGAUGCGGGACGAAAUGGUGACCAUCGAGCAGUUGAUGUCGAUACCUCUGAAGCGACCUUUCAUGGCUUUCCUGAGCGCAUGCGAAACCGCCAAGGGAGAUAAGGCACAGCCAGUUCAGGCUGUCCAUCUUGCAGCCACAAUAUUAUUCGCUGGGUUCAAAAGCGUUAUUGCUACCCUAUGGCAUUCCAUGGAAGAUCUUGACGGGCCGAUUAUUGCAAGGUCGUUAUACAAGGAGAUUUUC